AUGAAAAAGACCCAUAAGAGAUAAUCCACGAUAUAUCGAUAAUCGAUGGCGAUGUCUGAGUUUUCGCAAAAGCUAUUAGAGAAAAACGAUGUGUUGGCUUAAGAUAUAUAAAAAAUAGUGAAGAAACUAUCGCCUCAAAGUAGAAUAGAGAAAGCUGAAAGACACAUUUAUGAUGCAUAUCACUUACGAGCUAUACGCAACGACAUUGAUUUAGCAAAUAAGACAUACUUGAAACUGUUGUGGUAAAUUGAGAACAAUUAACACUGGUUAAAUGGUUUGUUUCUGUUGUCAAUCAUAUAUCAACUAUAAACAUUUUUUGAACCUUCAUUUUUUGAUUAAGAUAAUGAGGAGCAUUCAAAUUUAUUCGUUUUAGAACUUGUAAUCCUGCUUUUUAUGGGAAUAGAUUCAUGUAUUACAAUUGUAUUACUAUUAACAAAGAAGGAAGACAGAUUUACCUUCAAUCCAAAAAAAUAGUUUAAAUUGAUUGCAUAUUACUUUUGUUUGGUUGAUUUCAUAAUACAUUAAUAUGCACCAACUAUAUUUAGAGUCAGCAAAAUAUGCAGAACAUUGUUAAUGCCCAUGUAUUCGAAAGAUUUAAGACGAAAUUUAAAAGGAAUCAUUAGAGCAGGCAAAGAUUUAUUUUUGCUGAUCAUUCUGUAUCUAAUUAUAAUUUCAAUAUUUUCAUUUAUUGGAAUCAAUUUAAUUGGAAGCAUGGAUAAUGUAGAUCUCAGGACAUAGGAUUAUGGAGACUUCUUUAAAUUGUUUUCCAUGUUAUUCAUGGUAGCAACCCUUGAUUUCUAUCCAGAUAUCCUAAUUCCACCUAUGCUUUAAGGAAUUUACUAUUGUUUUUUCUUUAUUACAUAUCUCUUGCUUUUUAUUUUCCUAUUUGCACCAAUCCCAUUGGCAGUUGUAUAUGAAGGAUUCAGAAAGCAUAGGAUGGAGAUAGCCAUCAGCGACAUCAUCAAACAAAAGACUGCCAUGAUGGCUAGUUUCAUAUCGUUGGACUUUCAAGAUUAAGGCUUUUUGACAAGAGAUCAAUUUAGAACUUUCAUCCUUCAUUUCUAUAAGAACACCAUUACAGAAUCACAAAUUAAUUAGCUAUUCAAUUAAAUUGAUUAGGAUUUUAAUGAUAAGGUUCAAUUCGAUGAAUUUCACAAGUUUCUCCAUCUACUCUAGGAUGCCUCAGUGAUCUCUCUGCCAGAAACUAAACCAUUACAUUGUUGGGAAUCCCUCAGAAAUUAUUUACUAUCUAAAGGUUUGUUAACAUUUGUAGAAGGACAUAUGUUCGGAAUAUCUAUGUUGAUAAUAACAAUAACUAACUGUGUGUUAAUAGUAGUUGCCUUUUUUAUUGAAGAUUAAGCUAUCCUUGACAUUUUCAAUUUGUUAGACACCAUAUUCUUGGUCUUCUAUUCUUUGGAAUGUUCAAUCAAAAUUUUGGCUAUAGGAAUAAAAGCCUAUUUCUAAGAGGGAUGGAAUAUCUUCGAUAUAACUUUGGUAAUCCUACAGAUCAUAUUUGACUACAUUUUAUUUAAUAUAGUCUCUGGGAAUAUCUCUUAGUCAAUCAAAGCUAAUAGAUUGUUGAGAUUGGCUAAAAUAUAGAAAGUAUUCAGAUUGUUUAGAGCAUUCAGAUCUCUCAAAAUACUAAAUAUGUUAUUUGAAGGCUUGCAAUUCUUAGAUGUGGUGAGAACUCUAUUAUACAAAAUCCUUAUUUGUGUCCCUUUGAUUUUAAGAUUAAUGUUGCCAGUACAAAUGAUAUUCUUUAUUUAUUCUUGUGUGGGUAUGUAUUUAUAUGGUAGAAUACAAAGCAAUGAAGAUAAUCCAUAUGCCAAUUCUUAAUGUGAUAUAAAUAGCUUUGAGUAUUAAUGGGGGAAUUGUAAAUAUGCUGACUUUUCGACUUUUGCAGGAUCAUAUUUGAUGAUGCUCUAAAUGUUCAUAGCAGCUGAAUGGAACUAGAUUGUUUUUGAAUUAACGUAUGAUACUGAUGAUAUGCUAUCAGCCAUGUUAUUUGUUGGUUCUUUUGAAUUCUUCUCAAUCUUUCUGUUAGCCUUAAUUGGAGGGCUAGUUUGGGAAGUCUUUACAGUUGUAUCUUAAUCAUUGAAAUAAGAAGAAGAUAAACUGUCCCAACUCGAAAAUGAUUUAAACUAGGAAUAAGAAAACAAUAAUAAUCAUGCAGCAAAGCAUGACAAGAAAAAGAAGCUCAUCUUAAAUGACGAUAAUCCAGAUGAACUCAGGUUUCAUCGUAAAUUCAGAAACGAUAAAAUUAGUAAAACACAUACGAAGUUAAACAAUAUUCAACCAGGCUAUGAUGACGACGUGGUAAAUGAGGAGAGACCUGAAUUAACCAUAUCUUAACCUGGUUCAAGAAACUACUUCUUAUAUUAUGGUGGUUCAGGCAAAAGAGUUGUGCCAUUCUAAUCUACCAAAUUUAAUAUUUAAAAAACUGAUGUUUGUGAACAUUUCUUAACGAAUUUUAUCUCAGCCGAAGUGUGGCUAUAGAAAAAGUAAGUAGAAGGAUUGGAUAUAAAUAAAGUGGCAAUUGAUUAUAUGAUUCAUCUGAGAAGUGAAAUCAAAAAGGAUGAGAUGUUCCAAAAGAAGAAUUUUAAUAUUUCCAAUCACCAUCUAUUAAUUCAAAAUGCAGUACUAAGGGAUGCAUCUGAAGUCUAUAUCAAAUAAUAAGAGGAUAAAUUCUUUAAGACAUCCUUUGGUUAAAAGUUUGAGAGGAUUUAAGAACUCAAAUUUUAAAGUAAAUUUAAAGUUGAAAGUAAAAUUAUAUUCUCUCUAAUGGGAAUACUCAAAUUCCCAAACCCAAAUCUGAAGUACUACUUUUAAAUACUUAAUUUAAUAGAAAAUUACUUCACCUAUCAAUUACUCUCUGAUUAUUCUUUUUUUAAACUUAUUCAUCAAAUCAAUAAUAAAUGGUAUACUAUUAGCAUAGAGGAAGGAUAAAUCUAUUUUUUCAAAGUUGGUAAUGGUCCGUGGGAUUACACAGAUGAACUGUUCUCGGAAGGUAAUAUAAGGAUAUGUGAAAAUUUGUCGACUCUCUUAGAAUCUGGUAAUCAAGAAUGUCUACGAUCGGUUGAAUAAUUUAGCAGCAGUGUGAAGUCGAUAGCUAAGAACUUUGAAAUAAGUCUUCCCUCUGUUGAUAUCAAUAGUUCCUGUAUACUCUAUCAAAUUAAGAAUGAAAAAAACAUUCCUAAUGAUAUUCAAUCAUUUAAAAUAAAAAAAUCCAAUUUUACUUCAGAUGACCAAUCCCCUAAUAAUCAAUAGUAUGUAUUUUUGGAUUCAUAAAAUCAAUUCAAUGGUUUUCUUAAACUAAAUCAAUCUCCAAAAAUAGAAACUAGCAAUCUAGAUGAGUAAAAGAAUGUCAAUCAAACUCUAUUAUUCGUCAUCGCUAGAACCACAGCAUAGGAAUAAAGAAUCAAAUAUUAAAAUAUUACAAUGCUAAUCCAAUUCCUGCAGGAUAUGGGGAGUGUCAUUCAAAACUAUAACUCCACUUUCUUUAAAUAAAUAAACAAUCUUUAUGAUCUAAGAUAUUAGGACAAAAUAAAGAGUUUGCGUAAAUUAUGA